GCGCGAGACACGAUCUGUAAAUCCAAGCGACAGGUGAAGAGGUGGAAGUAUGAUUAUUUAAAACAUGAAAGUUUUACUAAAUCGCACAAUUUAAAAUCAUGUCUUCCCGUCACGUUCGGGGCGAGAAAAGGGUAUCCAAACAUCUAACCGUGACGUCGAAGUGUCUUGCUAUCGUGCUGGCAGAAAAAGAAAAGUAUGGAGAUGAAAAUUCUGCUACACUUGAAUCAACGGUCAGUGUUGUUCACAAUGGGAAGGAACUCCUGGAGGAUUUCAAACUUCGGAACAAGACUUGUUACUGGAACCCCGCUCUGGUUGAAAGUAUAAGGAAUUUGGGUUAUAAAGGUUUCGUGGAGCCGUCCACAAUACUCGUAAUAGGGAAUGAAAUACAUCUCGAAAAUCUGCGUACUGCGUGGGGAAGAAGGUUGUUGAAGGCUCCAGCAGGAUUCACAAUUGAACGGAUCGGUGAUGUGAAUGGUAUUGAGAUGCAGGUCAUUCCCCAGACCCAGUUCAUCCCUCUGCCAGAUGCCCUGUGCUUGAUCAUAAUGGAUCUAAACAAUCGACGGAUUGUGGCCACAUUGGAUACAAUUAAGGAAAAGCUUGUGGAAUGGUACCGUGAGAUGACAGUGCCCAAUGAUCAAUUAAUAUUUGACACUCUAGGAGCUCUGAUUAGAGAACGGAAGGUCUUCCACUCAGAUUGCAUGGUGAAUCGAGGGACCGGAUAUUUUGUGGUUACACCAGAAACAUAUCGACUCACAUCUGAUGAUCAAAAUGUAACCUUCAAUACCUCAUGGCUGCCAUACCACCCGAUGUAUAUACCAGUGUUCCCACAAAUUCAGAAUCUACCCUCCCAGCUUCAGCAUCUGCACCACUUACAGCACUUACAACAUCAACAGGAGCAUCAGCAGCAGCAGCAGCAGCUCCACAUGCGAGCUCCAAUGAGAUCCAUCUCAUGCCAGGCUGACAUGAAUGGCAAGGCACAAGCCCAUCACUGUCCUGCAGGUGUGGGUAAAGACAUCACUGAGAACAAAAAGGCAGGUAAGCAGCGACCUCGUAGCCAGAGCAUGCGGGGCCUAAAGACAAGGGACAGAGACAUGGAUCGAAACAAGGCUACGGUCAUUGAGAAUGAUGAUGCACUUAAGCGUACCAUAUCGGUUAGGUACAAGACGGACAAGGUUAAAGCCAUUAACAAGGACAUGAACCUGAAGACCAGCAACAUUAAUCAAGACAAGGAAAAAGGAGAGAAGGAGAAAAUGUCUUUGUUCUCUAAAAUAUUUGGCCGGAACAAGAAGAAGAAUGUAGGAACUCCUCCAGCAGCUGUUGUGAAGGAAGUAGAGUAUGCAACAUUCUCUGCACAGUUCCCUCCUCCUGAGUGGCAUUGGUAUCAGCAACAAGUGGAGAAACAGAAACGCACAGAAGAAUGGGUUAGUCAGCAGAUAGCCAAGUCAUGUACCCUGCAAUAUCUACACAACAUGGUGCCACCAGACAGCACAGUGAAUACUGUCCACCAGACAGAGGCCAGGCCAACAGCAGCAACUAAUGGGAGUCAGGCUAUCUCCAGGCCACACUACAAACAGCAAGAAAACAACAUCUCCAAUAGAAAAGUACAUGGACGACGUCAUGGAACAAAGUCUAAAAAAGAUAAAACAAAUGCUAAUGAACAAAAUCUGAGAGUUAGUGAUGCUGUGUUGUUUGUCAGUACUAAUCAUGAAGUGACCAUGCCCACAGUAUCACUGUCCCCUGUACAAGCAGUGGAUGAUGACAUUUAUCAGUCUGUCAUUGGCAGUAAGUCUGCUGGACCACGACAUUCAACUCCACGAUUCUAUGACACCAUUCCCUUACAUCGAGAUGUUGGGGGCUACCGUGAGCAUAUUCUUAAUAAUCAAGAUGAUAUAGAUCAAUGUUCUUACCAUCCUCAUCAUCAAAGACGUCCUCAUCGUUCAAGAAGGAAGGGGGAUCAUAGCAGUUUAGGCAACUGUGAUAAUCAACAUCAAAGUGACAUAAGUUUUGAGUAUAAAGGCAGAAUGCCCAUAAAAAAUUCUGUCUUUGUCCAAUCUAGAGACAGUGGUGUCAACUGUAUUGGGCUGUCUACAAGUACUAAAAACAAUGAUCAUCAAAGUGUUCAGCUGACAUCUCAGACACCAGAUCCAGUAAUAGUUAGAAAUAAGUUGGAUAAUUUGGAGGAAGAAACACAGACUGCUGAGCAUGAGUUUGUGCAUCUCAAUAAUACGAUGACAUCAGAGUACCAAGCAGAGUUUGGCAAACCUUCUAUGAACAACAACUGUUAUGAUAGUUCUGUAAAUGAGGAAAAUGGGGGUAUGCAAAUAGUAUGUGAAGCUGAAAUCAAUCGCGAACCAAUACCUGAAAUUGUUCUUGACACAGAGCCUCACAGAGUGAUAAGUUGUCAAGAUGUAGCUGAGCCUGCUAGUAACAGUGGCAGUCGAGAUGCUCUCAACAGUGAGAAGAGCUAUGACACAGUAGUAGCUGUCAAGAAGAGCGAGAAUACCUCUCAAAGUAAUGACAAGAAAUCUGAUACUCUCAGUGGCGAUGUGCGUGAGCUUAGUCUUGUGGAUAGUGGAUUCAGCUCACCAAGAAAUGUUAAUAUAGGUGCAUUUGAACCUUCUAAACAGUCCAGCAAUAUAUCUGAAGGGUGCUCUGACAUAAAGAAUCAUAAACAGUACAUGAAAACCCAACCUCAGGUCCCUCAUAAUUCUCCGAAAGAAAAGUGUCCAAUAAAUGUAGAACACCGUCACAAACACUCCACUCACAUGCUCAACAAUCACAGACACUCAAGAGGUUACAAGUAUGACAAUGAAGACUGUGGACAGAAUAGAGUCUCUAAAGAUCUCCAUGUAUUUCAGCAGCAGCAACUUACUUCCAAACGGUUUGGCCUGAACGGAGAGUUCGAAGUAGUUGGUGUUGUCUGAAACUGGAAUUUUGCAUCAUUCCGCUGUUGACUUGUACUUGACUUUUAAAGUGCAUAUAUCAUUUCUGAAAUCACUCUAACCAUGUUUUAAAAGAGUUUAUCGUUUUAGCAUUUUUUGCGUUUUUAGGUUUAAAGUCAGCUUAAAAGCCAUAGCCAGCAUAAUGUAGGAUAUGCUAAGAGU